AUGGAUGAAACUGUGGCUGAGUAUAUCCGAAGAACUGUACUAAAAAUGCCACGAGCUGAAAUCAAGGCAAUGCUACAGAAAUGGGGCUUUCUCUCAGAGAUGCAGCUGCAAACCAUAAACUUCCAUCAGUUAAAGGACAACAUUGCUCAAGAUGUUGUUCGACUCUGUGAGGAAAAUUCUGCAGGAAUAAAGCAAGCAGCUGACCUAGACAUAAUUUACAACCAUACCUAUCGAAACAAAAGACUCUGGAGUGUUUACCAGAUGAACAAAGCAGGGGAAGAAACGGAAUUCUUUGAUUUAACAGACUUCAAAAAAAAAAUUAGGAGACGACUUCGGUCAGCCUUGAAAAAUGUCACCAUCAACUUUAGAGAAUAUGAGGAUAAUGCAAUCUGGAUUAGAAUUGCCUGGGGAACACCGUAUACAAGACCAAACCAGUACAAACCCAGCUACGUUGUGUACCACUCACAGACUUCCUAUGUCUUCAUUUCUGCCUCAAUGCUUAAGAGCAACUUGCCUCUGCUAUGUCAGGCCCUGGUUAUUGCUUCCAGUUACCAUGACAUCCAUGAAAAGCAGCUUCGAAGUCAUUCUUUAGACUCCCUUAAAGAUAUUGUGUUUAAGAGAUACAGCCAGAACUUCCAAACUUAUCAUCCAAGACCUCUCCAAGAAAGGAAUGUAGCACCAGAAAGUGCAGAUUUAAGAAUAAUUCAAGAAAAUAAAAGUGAGAAAGCAAGAAUACAGAGAGUGAAUCAGGACAUUUUUGGUGAUGGUCCCCAACCAAAACUAGAAUUUGCACAAUAUAAGCUUGAGACGAUGUUUAAAAGUGAUCCUAAAAUGGGUGUUUUGGAUAAGAGAGAACCAUUCAGAUGUCUGGUCAAGUUUUCUAGUCCACAUCUUUUAGAAUCGCUGAAAUCUUUGUCACCAGCAGGUAUGGCUGAUGCACCACUUUCACCACUACUUACGUGUAUACCACAAAAAGCUAGGAAUUAUUUUAAAAUUAGAGAGAAAAAAGGUUCCUUCCCAGGAAGCUUUGUAAGCCCUUAA